AUGUUAUGCCCAACGAAACGGCUUUUCGUAUGUAUAAAUUUAUAUGUAUAUGUUAAUCAAGUUUUUGAACUAGUCUAUUGCAGUGUAGCUAUUGUUUGUAUGGUUGAUCCAGAUGUAGAUAAUUUAGGAUCAGCAUAUACCAACAAUUCUCUAUUGACAAGACAAAAUAUUCCAGUAUCAUGUCAUAAGCAUACGACACAAACAACUCGAUCGCCAGGUCAAGUUCUUAAUUGGCCAAAAAAGACUCGUGGCCUUCUUCUUGGUUCAUUCUAUUGGGGUUAUGCAUUAACACAAAUAGCUUCAUCAAUUGCUGUUACUUAUUUUGGUCCAAAACGUUUUCUUGCAAUGCUUAUCUUUAUGUCAUCCUUGGCUACAGUACUAUUACCAGUUAUUUCCACGUGGAGUUCACCAUUUAUUGUAUUAUUACGUAUUGUUGCUGGUGCAGCUCAAGGUGGUCUCUGGCCAACUAUUUUUCGUUUUUGGUCAACAUGGGCACCAGCCUCAGAAAGAACAACACUUCUUUCAUUUCAAAGUGCUGGACCUUCAAUGGGUACAAUUGUUUCUUUGAUAAUCGGUGGUCUCUUUUGUACAUUUUCAUUAUAUGAUGCUAUUCCAUUCAUUUUUCGACAUGGCUGGGCACAUUAUUUUUAUCUUCUCGGUGGUCUUGGUAUUGUCUGGUCAGUUGUAUGGCUUAUUCUUGCAAGUGACACACCUGCCAUAAAUAAAUAUAUAUCACCGGAUGAAAAAGAAUAUAUUCGAGCUUGUAAAGCCGUCGAAAAAAUUCAAGAUACAAAUACUAAAACACCCUGGAGUGCAAUGCUUCGAUCGCAAGCUUUUUGGUGUAUUCUUCUAUCAAUGUUUUUCUGUGACUUUGGUCUUUAUGCUAUCUGGGCAGUUGUUCCAGAAUAUAUGAAUGAAGUUUUAUUAUUUAGUAUUCGAGAAAAUGGUUUACUUUCUGCAUUACCACAUGUCGCAAGUUUUACUGCCGUUAUAUCAACAGGUCGUUUGGCAGAUUAUCUCAUAGAAAAGAAAUAUUUAAAACGUGUUAAUGCAAGAAAACUAUUUCAUGGUAUUGGCACUUUAGGACCAGCUGUUUGUCUUCUAUUUAUAUCGUUUCUUGACUGUGAAAGUCGUUAUUUGGCAGUUAUGUUACUUACUAUUGGAAUGGCAUCGAGUGGUUUUAUGAUGUCAGGUGGGUAUAUGGUUAAUGUUGGAGAUUUUAGUGGUAUCCAUUCGGGUAUUAUUUUUGGUAUUUGUAAUACAGUUUCUUGCAUUGGCGGAUUUGGUGCUCCAGUGCUAACAAGUAUUAUAACAAAAGAUAAAACUACUGCUCAAUGGAAAAUAGCAUUUAUGCUUUAUGCUGGUUCAUUUCUCAUAUCAGCUAUUGUGUUUUCAUUGUUUGCUCGUGGUGAAACUGAACCAUGGGCACGUGAUGAUGUACAUGAUGAAAAAAUUAAGAAUGAUCAAGAAGCAGGUGAAGAACUAAUGGAAAAAUAA